AUGGAUCUCACUAGCAGCAAGUACUUAGAAUCACCUCCAACCUUAUUUCCAUCCAAAAUGGAAGCAGCAACAAUUGAGAGCAACAAAAACCCAUUCUUGGACUCAUUUUCAGACCCCUUUUGCAAAGAGACCUCAGAUUUUGUGAGGGGCCUUUGUGAAAUUACACCACAGAAUGGGGUCCCAAGGAGAAAUAUUAGCAUGGAAGCCCCUAUGACCCCUGGGAGGCCAAUUUUCAGCUUCAGCAGCAGCACAAACUACUCAAGAAGAAAAUGUUUCCCUUCAAAAUGGGAUGAUGCUGAGAAAUGGCUUGUUGGUGGGAGCUCUUGUAAUGAUUAUUCCCCAGCUGGUAAUAACAACAACAACAACAACAAAACCUCGGAGUCCUCAAAAGUGUACUCCAAGCAAUGCAGUGGGUACAAGCCACCACAGGUGGGUGAGUUUUUUGCUGAGAAAUCAAGAAUUACUACUGAGGAGAAAGUGUCUAAAGUGAUUUCAACUGGUUUUAAUCAAGAUGGAGGUGUUGAUGAUGGGGCUGCACUUUGUGCUUCAACAAAUCUACUUGCAAAAGAUAAAUUCCCAAAUGAGUUAGACUCGGACGGCCAUUCGGGCCCGAUGCAAGAGAAAUUCGUAUUCGGUAACUCGUCGUCCCGUAAAACAAUCUCCAAGCACCGAGACGUGGGCACGGAGAUGACCCCACUUGCUAGCUCGACCACCUCAAGAUGCCCGACCCCUUUCGAGAGCACAUCCCCUGCCAGGCACAACACCCCGGCCGACCGGUCAGGCCCAUUGGGCCCAAACGACGACGAGCACAGCAAAUCAGGCCUUAGCCUGUUGAAGGGCAGUCAUUUGGCGAAGCUGCAUUGUGGGGCCCAAUUCGACUCGGCCAAGUCCAACUGGUGGUCGAGGGAGGAGGAGGAGGAUGACGUGUCCAAGAGCCUGAGGCAUUUCGAGGCGACGAGCGGAGGCGAGUGUAGGAUUAGUGAAUCCGAGCCGAAGAAUUUCGUGUGGGAAGAGGAGGAAAAUAACAAGAUUUGUCUUAGGUACCAAAGGGAAGAAGCUAAGAUUCAGGCUUGGGUGAAUCUUCAGAGUGCAAAAGCAGAAGCUGAAUCAAGAAAGCUUGAGGUGAAAAUUCAGAAAAUGAGGGCAAAUAUGGAAGAAAAAUUGAUGAAGAGGAUGGCCGACGUGCAUCGAAAAGCCGAGGAGUGGAGGGCAAAUGCUCGGUUUCAACAUUCCGAACAAAUUCGAAAAGCCAGCCAGCAGGCGCGCGAGCAAGCCAUAAACAAAAAAGGCAAUAACAAUAAUAAUUUGCAUUUAUCAGGUCUCAAAUCUUGUGGCUUUUUUCCGUGCCAUAAAUGA